AUGACGCCACUGCAACUGGCAUCAUCGAAUGGCCACAAACAUGUUGCAAAGAUUCUGGAGAACCGACAUUGUGGCCCCGAGAAAGAAGAAACCUCAACUUCCGAAGCUGAAUUGGUGUACGCAGCUCGGAUUGGUGAUCAACGUUUGGUUGAAGCGCUUUUGUGCCAAGGAGUCUCGGCAAAUUGCCAGCAGGAUAGGCGUACACCUUUGCAGUUGGCAGCUAUUGGCGGGCAUCUGGCUGUCGGGAAAGCUCUGCUAGAAAAUGGAGCCGAUCCAAACAUGACUGACUGGCACGGACGGACUCCUUUGCAUCAUGCAGUCCUAAGUGGGAAAGAAGAGGUCGUGAAGCUACUCCUGGACUAUGGUGUAGACCUGAAUCUCAAAGACAGAAAUGGUGACACUGCUUUGAUAUGCGCAGUCACUGUAAGACGUGACCCGAUAGUUCGCCUCCUCUUGAGCUACAAACCUCAGCUUGAUUCUCAGGACAGCUAUGGUAACACGGCUUUGAUCGAGGCAGUUGCCUUUUGUUCCGAUGAGACGUUCGGUGAACUGUUACAAAGUGGCCCCGAUCUGAAUAUUCAGAAUAGAAAUGGUGUGACCGCCUUGAUUCGUGCAGCCCUUGACAGACAAGUAGAAAAGGCCCGUCUCUUGUUGGCAUCUGGGCCGCAGGUUAAUAUUGGCGACGUUACAGGCGCCACGGCUUUGAUUUAUGCAGCCCAAAAUGGGUGCUACGAGAUUGUUGAAGCACUAGUCCAGGGUGGAGCCCAUCUGGACAUUCAGGACAAUAGAGAUCAGACGGCUCUUCUGUGGGCUAUGCGAAGAGAUCACGAGCCGAUAACUACUUUACUUAUCCUAAGUGGUGUAGAUAUAGAGAUAACCGCAGAUAAACAGGGGGUUUUCCGCUGAUUUUAGCCGUUGAGGAAUCUUGGAGUCAUGUCAUUCGUCAACUGGUACUAAUGAAAGGCGCGGAUGUGAACCGCCAGGAUUCAGAUGGGAGAACAGCCCUAAUCUAUUCUUCUCAGCAUACCACAAGCAUCCCCUGCGUUCGUUCGCUUCUGGAAUGUGGCGCUAAGCUCAACAGUCAAGACAACAGAGGAUCUACUGCAUUAAUCUAUGCAGCUCUUUGGGGUCAGGAGGAGAAGGUCAAUUUGCUGCUAGAAAGCGGCGCUGAUUGGAAUGUGCGCGAUGACGAGGGACAGACGGCUUUGUUUUAUGCACGUCACAGUAAACAUGACAAUAUAAUACAGUCGUUACUGCGUUAUCAAACAGCUGAUGAGGCAUCCCAGUCUGACAAUGCCACAGUCUGCGAGGACCACGUGUUAUCUGGAAGCGAAUAA